AUGAGCACCGAAGGGGAGCCUGUUCGAAAUUCUGUCAAAGUCAAAGCCACGAAGGUGGAUCUGCACUCGAAUACUACGACAGUUACAGAUAACGAUGCUGACAUGACUGCGCCCACAAUUCCCGUAAAGCGUAGUUUCGGGCAAUCCGUCAUCAUCGUCGCAGCAUGUACGGGUACUAUGAUCCUCAACGUCGCCCUCGCAUCAGGAGUGAGCAUAGCAAUACCUAAAACCGCAGAGUCUCUUCACAUGUCCUCGAGUGAAGUCUCUUGGAUCAUUUCCGCAUUCACUCUCUCCUCUGGCUGUCUCCUCGUUCUCCUCGGUCGUCUCGCAGACCUAUACGGUCGGAAGCUUGUUUGGAUGGCAGGCGGAUUAUGGACAACAGUCUUCACGCUGGCCUGUGGUUUUGCUCAAACAGGAGUGCAAUUAAUCAUUCUCCGGGCGAUGAGUGGCAUCGGCCAGGCAGCCAUGAUACCAGCAGCCAUCGGGAUCCUUGCUCAUUCCUUUCCUCCAUCUAGAGCGAGGAGUGUGGCCUUUGCAACAUUUUCAGCUGGAGCACCACUUGGGGCAUCUCUCGGUAUGGUGUUUGGAGGUGUGAUGGCCCAAUACGCCUCUUGGAGAGGCAUAUAUUACUUUGCCGCUGGGAUUGGCCUGGUAGUCCUUGUUGCAGGAAUGUUCUCCAUCGACAAGGACAAUCACCAUCACGGCAUCGAUAAACGCGUUGAUUGGAUUGGCGCAUUCCUCGUUACUGCGGGUCUGGUGCUCCUGACUUACGGUCUCACCGACGGUCCUUCUCGAGGAUGGAGCUCUCCCCUCGUCAUUUCAUUUUUGGUCCUCUCCAUCUUGCUCAUUGGUGUGUUCUGUCUCUGGGAACAUUACCUCAUCACACGCUGCUCUUUCCCACCUCUGAUGCCGUUGGACAUUUGGACAAGAGAUCACGGCCGGUUCUCCGCUAUGCAGCUCACAGGUUUCCUGGAAUGGGCAUGUUUCACGUCUCUCACAUUCUGGGUUAUGCUCUACUAUCAAAAUUAUCUCCGCCUCUCGCCAAUGCUUGCCAUGGUUCGCGUUAUCCCCAUGGCUGUCACCGGUGUGAUUUGCAACAUAGUAGUCGCGAUCACCGUGGGCCACAUCAGUGGAGCCUAUCUCCUCGCCCUCGGAACAGUUGCUACCUCGCUAGCCGCCCUUUUAUUCGCCAUCAUCGACACGUCCGCACCAUACUGGUCAUAUGGUUUCCCAAACGCCAUUAUCUGCGUCUUUGGCGCCGACUUUGUCUUUGCAUGCGGAACGAUUUUCGUCGCCAAAGUGGCCCACCCUUCCGAACAGUCUCUAGCUGGUGCUCUCUUCCAAACUGUCACCAUGCUUGGCACGACGUUUGGGCUCUCCGUCACUACGAUUGCAGAGGCCGCUGGGCAGAGAAGCGAGGCUCGUCGAUUGGGUAUCACCUUGAGUCCGAGCGAGACGGCGCUAGAGAUUCCGCCACUUGUUCUGCUCAAGGGUUAUAGGAUUGCACAAUGGACGAGCUUUGGACUCGGAAUGCUUGGAUUUAUGACUGUUGUCGUAUUCUUACAUGGAAUUGGAGUCUUGGGAGCGAGAAAGAAACGGGACCCCAGCACCGAAAAGAUGCCAGUUUCGGAGAAGGGGCCGGUUGCAGCCAAUGAAGUAUUAGACAAGGCCUAA